UCUUCUCUCUUCUAUUUCUUUUUAUCAUCUUUUUGUCUAUUUUCUUUCUAAAACACAAAAUAUUUGCCUAUUUUAUCCUUUUUUUUUAAGAAAAAAAAUGGUUUGUAUGGUUUCUCGUACAGGAAGGCAAAUGCAGAGGUAUAAUAAAGGUCAUCGUCUUGUUGUUGGAUGUAUUCCAUAUAGAUUUACAAGAAAUGGUGAAUUUGAGGUGCUUGUAAUUAGUUCACAAAAAGGUCAUGCAAUGAUGUUUCCCAAGGGAGGAUGGGAAACUGAUGAAUCAGUAGAGGAAGCAGCUUCUCGUGAAUCCCUUGAAGAAGCUGGUGUUCUUGGCAUUGUUCAGUGUGAAUUAGGAAAAUGGAGAUUUAAGAGCAAGAGCCAAGGCAUUUAUCAUGAAGGUUACAUGUUUCCAUUGCUUGUUACUGAACAACUCUCACUUUGGCCUGAACAAAAUCUAAGAAAAAGAGCAUGGAUGACAGUGGAGGAAGCAAGUGAAGCUUGUCAACAAUGGUGGAUGAAAGAAGCACUUGAGAAAUUAGUUAAUAGGUUAAAUUCAUCAGAUUUUGAAAGUGCUAUUAGCUAGAAAAAUAAAAUAAAAUAAUUUAUUUUCUUUAGGAUUUUUUGUAAAUAAAUCUAUAGAGAAAAAAAAAAGUCCAAUGAUGUUCAUAAAUAUUGGAUAAUCAAUGGGCUUUCACAACUGUAUCAUUUAGGGCCAAUGCUUGUGAAUUUUUGUUUAUUGUUAUGUUUGUUUACAUAACUAUGAUUUUGGUCUUAAAUGUUUCAAAUAAUAUUUAAAUAUGUCUGAUA